UUCUCCGGUUACUUUCGUUAGUGUCGGAUUGAUUGUUUAUAUUUCUUUGUCGCUGAAGAAUGUAACAUUUCAAGUUAUAAGUGUUCAAAAACGAUAGUUUUCAAUCUCAGUUGAUGAAAUGUUUAGUAGAGUUUUUCGAGUUUCAAGUUUUUUCAUUCAAUUUCACGUUUACUUUCGUUAGUGUAGAAUUUUUUGUUUGUUUCUUUUUCGUUGAAGAAUGUAACAUUCUCAAGUUUCAAGUGUUCAAGGGAGGUUGUUUUCAUUAUAAAUCGUUGUACGGACUCUCAACGUUGAAACGGAUAAAUCGUUCCAGAAUUCAAAAUUCUUGAGGAUAAAUAAUAAAUUGUUUGAUUUUUUGUGGAAUCGUGAUAUGAUUUUUAUGUUAUAUACAGUGUUUACUAUAGAUAAAUAGCUUUGUAUGACUUCGAAAUAUUUCAACUGGAAGAGUGCUGUGGGCGAAAGAAUGUCAGUGUUCUUCUUCCGCCUGCACAACCUGCGCCGGCAAGAGGAGGAGAGUAAGAAGCGGCGACGGCGCGGCAAGGGAGGCGGCGGCCUUGGCUGCGGAGGCGGCCUGGGCGGAGGCGGCGGCCUAGGGGGCGGAUCCACCACCACGGUGUCCGAGUGCCACAUGCCCCUGGGCGCCAACCACCACCCGCUGACGGGCGUCCACUCCAGCCGGCUCUUCGAGAAGGCCCCGCUCACGCCGAGCGACAGUCUCGACGAGAUUGCGCUCAAGAUACCCAGAGUGCGAGUAGAAUACUAUGUCAACGAAAACACAUUCAAAGAACGUCUCCAACUCUAUUUCAUCAAAAACCAGCGCUCAAGUCUUAGGAUACGAAUAGCAAAUCUUCUCUUCAAACUUUUAUCAUGUUUCCUGUAUAUAUUUCGUGUGAUAGCGGACCAAGAUCCCAUCAAUGCCACAUGCGCAAGCUACGGCUGCUUGCCGUCGAACAAGUCGGAGUUCCUAGCGUCGCACAACCUGACCGAGGAGGCGUUUCAGGAGAACCCCAUCAUCAACUGGGACGCCAUCAUGUGGGUGCAGCGUCCCGUCGGCCUCUGGGUGGUGCAGGUCAUCCUGGCAUCCAUCAGCCUCACAGAGGCCUUGCUGCUCGCCUAUCUAGGAUACAAGGGCAACAUAUGGCAGCAACUCCUAUCAUUCCAUUUCAUCUUAGAAAUAGUUAAUACUGUUCCAUUCGCGUUAACCAUAAUUCAUGCUCCUUUAAGAAAUAUGUUCAUUCCAGUAUUCCUAAACUGUUGGCUUGCGAAAAAGUCUCUGGAAAAUAUGUUUAACGAUUUACAUAGAGCGAUGCAGAAAUCACAAUCGGCUCUUUCGCAACAGCUGAUGAUCCUUUCUGCAACGUUAUUAUGUUUAGUGUUUACUAGUGUGUGUGGCAUCCAGCACUUCCAGAGAGCAGGCCACAGGCAUCUGAACCUUUUCCAAGCGACUUAUUACGUAGUAGUGACUUUUUCUACUGUAGGUUACGGCGACUUUGUUCCAGACAUAUGGCCUUCACAACUUUAUAUGGUUGUUAUGAUUUGUGUAGCUCUAAUAGUACUUCCUACUCAGUUCGAGCAGCUAGCGUUCACGUGGAUGGAGAGACAGAAGCUGGGAGGCUCCUACUCUUCACACCGAGCGCAGUCGGAGAAGCAUGUGGUCGUGUGUAGCACCACUCUGCAUGCAGACACCAUCAUGGAUUUCCUCAACGAGUUCUAUGCGCAUCCUCUCUUACAGGAUUACUACGUGGUACUCCUGUCGCCGAUGGAGCUAGACACGACAAUGCGCAUGAUCCUGCAGGUUCCCAUUUGGGCGCAAAGAGUAAUCUACAUCCAGGGCAGUUGCCUGAAGGAUGUUGACCUCGCGCGAGCGCGCAUGAACGAGGCCGAGGCUUGUUUUGUGCUCGCCGCGCGAAAUUACGCUGACAAAACUGCUGCUGAUGAACACACGAUUCUGAGAUCAUGGGCAGUAAAAGACUUUGCUCCGACUGUGCCUCAGUAUGUCCAGAUCUUCCGUCCCGAAAACAAAAUCCACGUCAAGUUCGCCGAGCACUUGGUCUGCGAGGACGAGCUCAAGUACGCGCUGCUCGCCAACAACUGCACGUGUCCUGGUGCAUCCACACUCGUCACCCUUCUGCUUCACACGUCGAGAGGACAGGAGGGCCAAACAUCGUCAGAAGAAUGGCAUCGACUCUACGGCCGAUGCUCAGGCAACGAAAUUUAUCACAUAUUGCUGCAAGACUCUAGGUUUUUCGGCGAAUACGAAGGGAAAAGUUUCACCUAUGCAAGCUUCCAUUCGCAUAGAAAAUACGGUGUAGCACUAGUCGGCGUGAGGCCAGCAGAACUGCCCGAGUUCUACGAGGACACAAUUCUGCUGAACCCUGGACCAAGACACAUCAUGAAGAAGACUGAUACCUGCUAUUAUAUGAGUAUAACUAAGGAGGAGAACUCUGCUUUCGUUGUCGCCAACAAUAUCAACGGACAGGAGACAAUCGCUGUUAAGACUGAUGAUAACCAAGAUACAACAACAUCACAAACGAAGGACACGAGUGGAGGGGGCGGCGGCCAUGACAGUAGUGGUGGGUCAGGUGGCAGAGGGGGUGGCGAUGGUGGCGGAGGGGGUGGAACUGAACUGACAAUAACCGGAAAUCACCUUGGAGUGCCAAAACCAGAUGCCAACCCAAAUCUGCUUAGUCCUGAAAUUUUGAAUCAGAGGCGAGGCAGCAGACGACCGAGCAUUCUGCCAGUGCCGGACUUUGCGAGUUCCACGCUGAACAUCCCCUCCGCCCACCCCGACGACUGCGAGGGUGACGAGAGUGAAGAUGAAAUGGACGACGAUGUGCCUUGGAGGUCUCCCAGCGAAAAAAUUGCGUUCCAUGUUUCAGCCGCUGAUGAAAUGGACGAAAUUGAACCCAAUUGCGAGUUCACAUGGAAAGCGGAUUGGGCCCGUAUUGUCAAGGGAUUCCCACCCGUUUCUCCUUAUAUUGGUGUUAGUCCCACCCUCUGUUACCUUCUCAAAGAAAAGAAACCUCUAUGUUGCCUUCAACUAGCUCAGGUUUGUGAGCACUGUAGUCACCGUAACGCCAAAGAAUACAACUGGCAGAACAAGACUAUAAUUUUGGCGGCUGACUACGCUUCCAAUGGAAUCUACAAUUUUAUAAUCCCGCUGCGCGCGCACUUCCGGUCGAAAACGUCACUGAAUCCAAUUAUUCUGCUGCUGGAGAGAAGACCCGACAUUGCCUUCUUAGACGCCAUCUCCUAUUUUCCACUCAUCUACUGGAUGCUUGGAUCUAUAGACAGCCUGGAUGAUCUACUGCGUGCUGGAAUAACGUUAGCUGAGAAUGUGGUGGUUGUCAAUAAGGAGCUGUCGAACUCAGCUGAAGAAGACACGUUGGCCGAUUGUAACACCAUCGUUGCUGUACAGACUAUGUUCAAGUUCUUCCCGAGCAUAAAAAGCAUAACCGAGCUGUCGCAAUCGUCGAACAUGCGUUUCAUGCAGUUCCGGGCACACGACCGCUACGCCCUGCACCUCUCCAAAAUGGAAAAGGUACUGCCUGGUUUUUCCUCCCAGACAGUGAAUGAUGAAGAUGUUGGCAUCAGAUCGCUUCUGCUGAGAGAGAAAGAGCGGGGAUCGCACAUAUCAUACAUGUUCAGACUUCCGUUUGCCGCCGGCUCUGUUUUCAGUGCUAGCAUGUUGGACACCCUGCUCUACCAGGCAUUUGUCAAGGAUUACGUCAUCACGUUUGUAAGACUGCUGCUGGGAGUGGACCAAGCACCCGGAUCUGGAUUUCUUACUUCCAUGAGGAUAACUAAGGAUGAUAUGUGGAUAAGAACAUAUGGCAGACUAUAUCAAAAACUGUGCUCCACAACCUGUGAGAUUCCUAUCGGCAUUUACAGAACUCAAGAUACUACCACCACUGUAUCUCCUCAUUCAACAGAAACCACUCUAUUAUCUCAGGAGCCAGAAGGUGAUAUGUCCUAUAGGCCUGUGCCAACUAAUUGUAUCAACUCAUGCAACCGAGACUCGGCUUCCAUGCAAAAUGCGGAUAAAAACUCAUAUUCGAUAAACAUCGGCGAUGAAGCGAAAGACAACCAUGCUGAGAUGAUAGAAAGGGCUGAGAUUGCAAAUUUAGUGCGUUCACGCAUGGAGAGUCUAAAUUUGCCGAGUAUAGACUAUGACGAUGUGAGCGAGAAGCGAUCUUCCCUCUCCUAUGUGAUAAUCAAUCCCAGCUGUGAUCUGAAGUUGGAGGAGGGUGAUAUUAUUUAUCUAGUACGACCCAGCCCGUUCUCGGCGCAGAAAACGUUUGAACGCCACAACAGUAGACGUAAGUCGAACAUCAGCUUUUGCUCGCAGCAGAUCCUGGCCGGGGGCCUUGGGGGUGGUGGUGCCGGGGGCGGCAGCCAAUCACGGCGAGGCUCUGGCAUUGUGUUCCCGCCCCCAAGGCCACCGCCUCUGGUCACCACCAAGGCUAACUCACUGUCGCUGCCUGAUAGUCCUACCGUCGCCGGAACGUUCAGGGGUCGUUCUAACUCGUUGCGUGUCGUGGACGACAUUUUGUUACGUCGCUCCAACUCGUUACGUCAAGGCCUAGCGCAGACAACACGCAAGAGCAGUCUCGAGGAAAUUGGCAUCGCUCAUUUCCCGAUGUCGCACCAAUCAUCGGACGCACCCGCACCGAUCAAGAUAGCACUGAACGGCAGCAUCGGACUGGAAGUGACUCCUCCCGAGGAGAACAGCUCCCCCUCCAUCUCCAGCAACACCGGCCUCCUCAUGACCCCCUCCUCCAUGCCCCUCCACAACCCGCCCUCCAUCAUACCGCCUCCCUCCUCCUCCUCCAACUCCUCCUCGCAGCAGGAGCAGCACCUGCAGGGGACCAUUGUAUGAUAUCACCUAAUGUGGGGCAGGAGAUUGAGCAGUGUCGUACGCAACAAGUGGCUCUAGACCUCUCCUCUCUCACUCUCUCACUAACCGAAAGCUCUGGAGUCAGAGUUGGAGAUUUGAAUGACGAAAAGUUUUGCUAGCGGAUAAUGGCUUUCUGUAACUCAUGGGAACAAAUCGGUACACUCAUAAGGUUUAAUAAAAUUUAGGAUAAGUCUUGCUAGAGUAUAAUGAAUGCGUAAAUAAAUACCUCUCUCUCUCACCAAACUAUCAAAUCUUCACCUCAUCAAUCGAAUUAAUUAUUAUAAACAUAUUAUAAUUUUGUAACCAAUUAUAGAUAUAGCUUUCAACACUAAUCAACUCACAUUCCAAACGAAUAUUUUGAAUCAUUUAUCAUAUAAUAUUAUAAUAUAUCAUAGCAUUUCCUAUCCAAGGUAGAUUCAUUCACAUUUCCUCCAAUGUAUUUUUCAAACAUAUUUGUAGGAUUAUAUUUUUUUCAUUAAAACUACAAAACUUUAUAAUAUACGACAAACUUACAGGUAUAUAACAGGUGUUUCACUCCUGGCACCAGACUUCUACAAAAUAUAACGAUAUUGUAGUAAGUUGAAAAUAAUGAACUAUAUUAUUGUUAGUGAUUGGUAGAUUUAUUUAUUCAAAUUUUUAUUCACAAAAUCAAAAUUAUAAUUAUAUGAUUAUCAUUCAGGGUUAGAACCUUACUGCCCUACAUGACAUACUAUGAAGAUUUUGAAAGAAUGUACCGGUAUGUAUUUUAAAAUAAUUUCAGUUAUUCAUUGUAAAAUUGAUAAUAUGAUUGGGAUGGUUUAAUGAGUGGCUCAAAUUUACCCUAUUUUUCAGAAGCUAUUCAUUUUCAAUCUACCCAGCUACGGUAAUCAUUAAUGUGAUAUUAUUUUAUAUCGAUAUCAUUCAUGAGAGGGGGAUUAAAGCUACAAGCAUCGAAUUAUAAGAAUUUUUGUUUGCAUAGUAGUUGUAAUGUAAAGGGACUCCAUGUAUCCUAGUGAAUCAUCUACUCUAUGUUGAAAAACCUGAAAUUUAUUCAAAGAAAAAACUCACAAAUCUGCUCAAUCAUUUGUAAAUAGAUUCAUGUAAAACUUGUUGUUCUGUUUGUCAUAUAUUUUAUUCUUCAAGAAAUCAUAUUUGAUUUUACUCUUGAAAAAUGCAACAAAAUCAAAAUACUAAUUGAUGUUACCAAUUUAUCAACAUUUGUAAGGAAUGUUACCAUUGAUGAAUGACCAUUUAAAUGUAAAAAAACUAAUUCUGAUUGCCUUAAAUUAAUGUCUAUUUAAUAGAUGGAGUUCAGAGCUACUUGACAAAAAUAUAAUACGAUUUUUUUAUGGAUUGAGAAGAUAAUCAGACAUGAGAAAGAUUUAUUUUAGUUGUGUUCCUCCACUCUUAUUUUUAAUCAGUUCUACCCUUUGCGAUGCAAUCAUAAAUAAGGAUGUGAGCUUGCACACUAGAAAUUUGAAUUUUUGUACUAUUUAGAAGCCACUUCCAUUCCCAGGAUUGCCUUAUGAGUGAUAAAGCCUAUAGAUUCGUUGGCUAGGCUACUUGAAAACAGAAUGAAAUUCAUAUUUUUCAUUUCAUAUUCAAUAAAAGUCAGUUUUUUCUGGAAUACUCUAUCACCUAUGAGAAUCAAACCUUCUCACUCCUUCAACAAUAGAUUUAUCUUUUCAAGUAUUAUCCAUAAAAUACUAACCCAGAACUUGUCUCCAAUUGUUGUAUUAUAAUUUUUAUAAGUCUAUUGAACACUAGAUAGACUAAAUGAUAUUGAUUGUUACCGUAUUGUAAGCGAUUAUUAAGUUUGUUAAAAAUCACCUCUGUGAUACAUAAUAUUUAUGGAAAUUGUAUUAUUUUAUGAGCAUUAUAUAGACAUUGAUUCAAGUUUUCAAUUGAAUGAUAGUGAAUAUAAAUUUAUAUCAAUUGAUUAUAGACAUUUGUAUGAUUUAUCUAUUCUUAUAAUUUGUUAUAUGAACUGUUUCAAGUUGUCGGGGUAGACGUAUUUCGAACACUAUGUUAAUGUGGAUAUUAUAAAAAUAUAGCUCACUAUAUCUCACUUGAUUUAUGAUAUAAUACGUCAAACUAUUAGAAUGUUUUUGAUCGGAAUUAUUGUGAUCCUUAAUCACUGAUGACCAAUAUUAAUCAUCUUCAACACCAUUUUAUAGAGAAAAUUUCAUAAUUCCAAUAUUGAUUAAUAAGAGCUUAUAGGUAGCCUAAUUGUAUCGUUUCAAUUUCAAUUAUAAAAUAAUUUUAUAAUUUUACAAUAAUUAUUGUAAGUAUGUCCAUUACUGUACUGAUAUUGAAGAGUCCAGGUACUUUCUAGAUGAAUGCAUUCCUUCUAAUACUGUUAUGACAAGAAUAUAAACUAGUAACUGAAGAUAUAAAAGGAGCUCUCUAAAAUAAAUUUAAUGUACUUCUAGAGACCAAUUAUGAUAUUGAAAUCAGCUGGAAGUAAAUUAAGGCUUCAGUGGUAAUGUUCUCUUCAUAAAUCAUAGGAUUUUGCUGCUAAACAAAUAUUUGUAUUAGAAAAAUUGAACAAAGAAUAAAUUGACUAAUUUUCAUUCAUAAAUUUCCUUCGUAGUUUCAUAUCAUAUUUCUCGAAAUAAUUAAAUUGGAAUUUACAAUUUUAUUCAAUUAGUAGAUUAUUCACACAUGCACUAUAUGAUUCAAUAAUAAUUUUUCAUAUUCAUCAGGAAUAUUAACAUAGUAGAUUAUCAAAAUAAGCCUUUAAAUUUCCAGUACUCCAAAUUCAAACUCCAAUCAUCUUCUUAGAGUAAAAAUCCACUCAUUGAAUUAGGCUUCUUGAAUGACCAAUUUCCACUCCAAUUGUAGAGGUUUUAGAUGAUUCAAGAUAUAAAAAUUUCUUCAUCCAAUAUUUUUCUGCUGCUAUUUGGAAGAUGCAUGAUAAUAUUUUUUUGUAUAGUUUUUUAUGUAACCUAAAAUGUAUAAAUAUCAAACCUUACUGUAGGGGUAUAAAGUAGGUAUAAAAUUAUUGGAUUUUGUAAAUGUUAGUUGGUAAAUAACUAUUUUAUAAGUCUCUAUUGUGGGGGUGUCUACAAUGAUUUUUGGAUGCAGAGUCAAUAUCAUGAGCCAAUAUUGUCUCUCAAAAUUGAAGCUGAACUUCCACGUUGUAACUUAUUAAGUAUCGUUUAACUUGUCACAAGAAAUAACUCAAAAUUCAUUCCAACUUACCCUUAUUGUUACCAUAUCAUCUUAUCAGGAUAUGAUUAAAAAUCAUAAUCAUUCGUCAUUCUGAUUGAAGAACCCAUCCUCCAGAUACCCUAUUCAUUUGAUUUUAGAAUCACAUUUAUAUUCAGCUUACUACCUCUUUAUUUACUAAUUUACUUAAUAAAUGAUUAAAUUUACUCUAAUUAUUUACUACCUAACCUAACCUAACCUAACCUAACCUAACUCCUUCAUUAUCCCCUAUAAAUAUUGUGGAAAUAUUAAAAAUUGUAGAUUCUAUUGUCCAUUCCCCAUCAUCAACGUCUCAUAUCUCUAGAUAGCAUAAUGUGCCGUUUUCAAUUCUCUCAUUCAUAUAAUAGACUAGUGAACAUUAUAACUUAGUUUGAUUACAUUCAGAUAUCAAAUUUCUCUAGAUAUCAAAGUUACAAAUUAUAGCUUAUAACAUGAAUUUUACCAGUAUUAAUUCUUCUUUUAUUACUAUCGUAUUUUUUAUAUAAAUCCGAAGUGAAAAAA